GUGUGAUUAAAUUGAUUUAUUCUCAGCUGGAUGAUGAUCUUUAAGGAGACUAAAGGAAUCAAACAUGUUCAAAGUUUUCUAUUAACGUGAACAACUUGAUCUUAUUUUCCACUGGGUCGAYCUUCGACUUGCUUCUAGAAGGAUGACUUCAAAAAGCUGGAUUUUUGUUCUUAUUUUUGCUUUGAAAGUUCAACACAUWUCUUCCUCCAUUCGAUCGAAAGCAAGYACUUUCGAAAUGCGUUCUAACGAACUUCUGCAGCUGGCGCAAGGAAUGGAACAGAAGUCCACCCAAGUGGAAAACGCCAUGGAGUGUGUGUUCUCUUGCAUCAGUACAGAUUGGUGUCGUUCUGUGAAUUUCAAAACUACACCUCUUGAAAGCGGUCGACAUGUCUGCGAGUUUCUGUCUUCUGAUCGGUUCGCAAACGGUACAGCCAUAAAGCAAGACAAUGGGUUCCGUCAUUAUAGUAAAAAGGACAAAUGCCGUCAAGAGAAACCUUGUCGUAAUGGUGGUCAAUGCAUCUACUAUGACGAUAUCGAUGACUAUCGAUGUAUUUGUGGUGAAGGGACCACAGGAGAUCAUUGUGAAAAUGCUACUGUUCACGGUGGUUGGAGCGGCUUCAGUUCCUGGUCAGCUUGCAGCAAGACUUGUGGCGGUGGGUCACAGACAAGAACUCGUACUUGUACCAACCCUGCACCUGCCUACGGUGGAAACAGCUGCUCUGGAUCCUCGAAGGAAAGUGCUCAAUGCAACACUGCGGCAUGUCCAGCUUYGAGWUGCAGCAAUCCUGUCGCUCUUGGUAUGGAAAGUAAGGAAAUCGCUGACGCCCAGAUCACUGCGAUAAACUACCUUUUACAGUACUAUCCCUACACANUAUAA